CCUUCUUUCUUUUUCCCUAUUUAAUUUCGAUUAAAUCAUAUUUAGGUUUUCAGAAUCCAUUCAGUACGGUCCUCCUCUAUACUUCCCUUUUUGUUUCCCUAGAAAAUCCCCAAGAAACUUCUUUUCUUUCUCUCCGGCGAAAACCCAGUAAGAGAAAACCCAUGGUUCGACCCGUUAAGCGCGAAGUCCUUUACAUUAGUAGUGAUAGUGAAGACUCUGAGGCUGAAGUUGGCGGCUUCGAUGAUCCAGUCGCCGCCGAUUGCAGAAGUCUUCGCUCUCGAUAUCUCGCUGUCAGAACUCUCAUAAGUGAUGAAAAGGAUGACAUUACCAAGGUUGAUUCUGAUAAGUUCAAGGUGAUAUUUGAUCAAGUAGAGAGCUUGCAUCAGAAAGUUCAGAAACCAAGGGAACAAGUUGCUGAUGCAGAGGCUCUUUUGGGCAUUACCAACUCCCUGUUUAUUUCUGUCAAAGCGCAAAAUACCGCAGGAAUUUCCAUUGCUGAUUUUGUCAGCAGUCUCCUUAGGAACUUUGGAAGGGCACGUGGUCGAAGUAGUAGUAGGGAGGAAUACAGGAACUCCAUAGCAUGGAAGGAGAUUGGAUGUGCGGUCUCACAGGCUUUUAGAAGCUCUCCAGGAUGCUGCACCAUGAUUGGGCCUAUGAAUGAUGAACCAAAGAAAAAGAGGGCUGUUGUUCGUAGAAAACGUGUGAAACCCACAGAAAGAGCUGUGCCUAAGGAGCUUGGUGAUGCUCUUACUGAGAAGAAAACAGAUACUGACAAGAACAUGGCAGUUAUGUUUGACAUUCUGAAGAAGAAUAGAAGUGUCAGGAUUGAAAAUUUAGUAUUGAAUCCGGAUUCCUUUGCACAAACAGUCGAAAACUUAUUUGCACUAUCAUUUCUGGUUAAAGACGGGCGUGUUGAAAUAAAAGUGGAUGACAAUGGCUGCCGUCUAGUUUCACCAAGAAAUGCUCCUGCUGCAUCUUCAGUUAUCUCAAAAGAAGUUGCUUACAGCCAGUUUGUUUUCAGACUUGAUUACAACGACUGGAAGAUGAUGAAAAGUUUUGUCAAGGUUGGAGAGGAGCUGAUGCCACGGAGGAAUCAAGACGUACCAGGUGGUUGCUACUCUGAUCCUCCCUUGGGAGAACCUGAGACAGCAGGAGCUACAACUCCAAUCAGAAAGUUGUCCAGAAACCGAGGCUUGGUUUUACAAGAUGAGCCGGUUGUAGAAGACUCAACAGAGAGGGACAACAAGGUACAAAGAGCAGCUGCCAUUCAGAAAGGGAAGCGGAAACUAACGAUUUAGUGCAGGUGCCAGUUUCAUUUUUGGCAAGGAUGGCAUUGGAACAUAGUGUGCAGAUACAAGUCUUUUGUAGUAAUUUUUAGGAUUUGGUUUUUAUUGGUAUUUGCAAUUAUGGUGUUUUUAGACUAACUUUCAUGCCCUAAUCACAUUAGUCUAAUGUAUUUAAGAAAAUUAAUUUAUUUAG